UAUAGGACCUAUGAAAUAAUGAAAUUUAUUGGAUUUCCUAUUCGAAUAAAUUUUCCGGAAUUAGAUGUGAUCUACGCGCAUGCUAGGCUAGAAAAAGGAGUAGUGAGUGAAUGAAAAUGACAGAGCACCCAGAACCAAAAAAUAAAAAUUCAAGUCAUGAAUCUGACAUUUCGAAAUUUAUUGUUUUCUGGGAACAAAUAAUAACACAGUUCUUCUAUGUAUGUAUGUCAGAAUGGAAUACCACUUAACUUAAGUGAGUAUGAUGUUAUACUAUUUUAUAUGGUAUCACGGAACACACAGAGUCGACAACAAACCCUGCUGAAAUUGGAUUAGUAAUAGACCAGUAGUUCAUGUUCUUUUCAGUCGAAGCAUUUAAAAUUCGAGUAAUGGUUUAUUACUUUGUUUCCGAUUGAUUUGCUAUGCUGUUAUCUCGCUGCCUGAUAUCAUUUCAGAUAUUUGCCUAAUUCUGCCUAUACAUUCCGUUAUGGACCGACGGAGUUGGCCCUGGAAAAAAAAAUCUUCGGAUAAAUCAGCUACCGAGAAAGUAAUUGCUACAUUAGAAUCUGCCGGUGCUCCAGAUCUAGCUGGAUCUGUGGCUAAGCAGGAUAACAGCAAAAAGACCAAGUAUGUCCAAUUAUCUGUAGAGUCAUAUUCACAUCUAACUGGAUUAGAGGAUCAAGUGAAGUCAUAUGAGGAUAGAGUACAGAAAUAUGAGGAGCAGAUUACUAUAUACAAAGAUAGAGUAAAGGAAUAUGACGACCAGAUGACUUCUUACGAUGAUAAAGUGAAAGAAUUAGAAGAUGAAGUGGAGGAACUGAAUGAGAAGCUAUCCGCAGCAAAUUUAGAGAUGGUGACCAAGGAAGGUCUUGUAAAACAGCACAGUAAAGUUGCUGAAGAAGCUGUUUCAGGUUGGGAAAAGGCUGAGGCAGAAGCUCUGGAUCUGAAAAAUCAUCUAGAAUCGGUUACACUACUAAAGCUAACUGCCGAAGAGAGAGCAUCACAUUUAGAUGGCGCUUUAAAAGAGUGUAUGCGACAAAUUAGAAAUCUGACAGACGAGCACGAGCAGACACUUCAUGAAGUUGUUGUUAUGAAAACAAAAGAAUGUGACAUGAUAAAGCUUGAGCUUGAAACACAGUUAGAUAACUUAGGACAAGAACUUCGUAGAUCUGUUUCUGACAACACAGCAAUUUCAAGGUCUUUGCAAGAGCGCUCUAACAUGCUGGUUAAGAUCACUGAAGAAAAAUCUCAAGCUGAAGCGGAGAUUGAACAAUUGAAGAGCAAUGUUGACUCUUGUGAAAGGGAAAUAAAUUCCCUCAAAUAUGAACUACAUAUAGCUGCUAAAGAGUUAGAGAUUCGUAAUGAGGAAAAAAACAUGAGUGUCAGAUCUGCAGAAAUUGCAAACAAACAACAUUUAGAAGGGGUAAAGAAGAUUGCUAAGCUAGAAGCAGAGUGUCAACGUUUGCGUGGUCUUGUCCGGAAAAAGUUGCCAGGACCAGCUGCGCUGGCUCAAAUGAAACUCGAAGUUGAGAGCAUGGGCAGGGAUUCUGGAGAAAGUCGUUUAAGGAGGUCACCUGUAAAGCCUCCUUCUAGUCCCCGCAGUCCACACAUGUCCACUUUCACUGAAUUCUCACAUGAUAAUGUACAAAAGUACCAGAAAGAAAUUGAGUUACUAACUGAACGCUAUUUGGCAAUGGAAGAAGAAACAAAAAUGCUCAAGGAAGCGUUGGCCAAGCGAAAUAGUGAAUUACAAGCUUCCAGAAGUGUGUGUGCCAAGACAGUCAGCAAAGUUCAAAUUUUGGAAGCACAAUUGCAAGCAAAUAAUCGACAAGGACACACAUCAAAAAUUGAUGGUCAAAUUGUGUCUGAAAAUUACUUCAGUCAAAAUGCAUGUAACCCACCCAGUCUAACAUCCAUGUCAGAAUAUGGACAUGAUGAUGAAGCAAGUUGUGCUGGGUCUUGGGCUAUGUCUGAGCUCCCCAGUUUUAACAAGGGAAAGAACAUCGAAAGUCCAAGAAAAAGUGGAAAUCCAUAUAGGAUAGGGCUGAUGGACGACUUUCUAGAGAUGGAAAAGUUGGCACAUUCAUCUAAAUCUUCAAAUGAAACUAGUCCAAGUUCUGAUUCGAGUACCAGAACAUUUGAAAAUGUGAAUCAUGAUUUGUCAGAGGCCACUGUGGGUUUACAACUUAAAGAUCAGCCACUUUCAGAAUCUUUAAAUAUUAGUUCGAACGGGGAGGAUCUGUCGCCAUGUUUGAAACUCCAGUCAAAGAUCUCACUGAUAUUUGAGUCCGCGUCGAAAGAAUCUGAUUUGAAAGAACUUUUGGAACAUAUCCGAAACGUAGUACAGGACAUGGAUGCAAGUUUGCAUCAGAGUUCAGUGAGCUCUACUAAUACUGCAGGUGAUUGUCCAGCUUUACCUGAGAACUCCAUGGACAUUGCUGGUAAAGUAUCCUCUUUGUCUCAGGAAACCCACAAACCAUCUGAAGCUGUUCAUAUAAUUGAUGAAGAUAUGGUGGCUGCUGUAUCUCAAAUUCAUGAAUUUGUAUUGCUACUUGAAAAAGAGUUUAGAGCUGUCCAGAACUCAUCACUGGAAGGUGACGAGUUAACUAAAAUAUUGGGGGAAUUCUCUGCUGCUUUUGAUGAGGUUAAAAACAGCAAUAUAAGCUUGAACGAAUUCGUUAUUUCCCUUUCCCGUGUAUUCAGCAAAGCCAGUUAUUUCCGUUUUGAUGUCCUGGGUUACAAACAUAUCGAUACUGAAGGAAGUACUUCUGAUUGCAUAGACAAAGUUGCUUUACCUGAGAACAAGGUAGUUACAAACUCUACACAGAGGUAUGCAGAUGGCUGUGCUCAUUUUUCUGAUUCAACAUCUGAUCCUGACAUUCCCCAUGAAGGUGCUUUUGUCCCUACCUCUGAAGUGAAAUCCUCAUGGACUUGCUCACUGAAGGACUUGGAGUUGCUAAAAUCAGAAAAAGACAACACUAUAAUUGAUCUAGCUAGAUGUACUGAAGAUCUAGAAUCCACUCGGUCCCGGUUACAGGAAACAGAAGAACUUCUUGCUGAAGUUAAAUCACAACUGGCAUCUGCUCAAAAAGUGAAUGGUCUAGCCGAGACACAGCUGAAAUGUAUGGCUGAAUCAUACAGGUCUCUAGAAAAGCAUGCAGAGGAGUUACAAAUUAAGGCAGAUUUUCUACAGGCUAAAGCAGAUAGUUUGGAUAGUGAGCUUCAAGUGGAGAGGAGGAAUCACGAGGAUUCUCUUGCCAGAUAUAAUGAUCUUCAAGAAGAAUUGAAAAGGAUCGAGAGCUUUCCAGUAAAUCAAGUUGAUGCCAAGAGUAGUCAGGAGACAGAGUUAGCGGCUGCAGCUCAAAAGCUAGCAGAAUGUCAAGAAACUAUUUCUCUUCUAGGCAAGCACCUGAAUUCAAUGCGCCCUCAAAUGGAAUCUGGCGGGUCUCUAACCAAGGAGAUGAUUCUAAAGAAGGAUGGAAUCUUCACUGAAGAUAAACUAACAAGUAUCAUGAAUAUGCAGGAUGGUAAUAAAUCUGAGUCUGAUAGUUUUCGUUCAAAUAUGCAUCGAGCUGGUAGUGACUCGGAUAUAUUUAAUACACCACUUUCUCCAUCCUUUUCUGAAGCAAACAAUCUAUCAAGAUCACCAAUCACUUCAAAGCAUUAUCCCAAGCACAGGCCAACUAAGUCAGGCUCUUCUUCCUCUUCAAACCCAACAUCAGAGAAACACAGAGGAAUUAGUAGAUUCUUUUCUACGAAAACAAAGAUUGAGCACUAGGUCUAGUUGUUUACUGUGUGCAUGGUUUUAUAUCAAGGCUUUUUAUUUAAUUGUACCAAGAAUCAUCCGUUCGUAUGUUCUGUAAAUAAACACAUAUUUAAUAUCUUGCUCUACAGCUCCAGUAUUCUUAUUCUCCA